GUAUAUUGCAGAAUUGGCUUGAGGUGAGAACACAAUAAUGCAUGCCCUGGUCAAAUUUACGCGCUGUUUGCGACUUCAUAAUCUCGCGAAAUCUUCAUUGAGUCAUAUUCGUCGGAAAGCCAUUAUCGUAUCGUGUUGCGAGAGACAUUAUAGCUCGGCGCUGUUCAUCUCCGGCAAAAUAGCCCACAAAGUCUUCGCAUAUCUCACGCCACAUUUGGACGUCGACGAGCGCUUUGCCGAUAUCGAGAAGCUACAAGAGGAAAUUACAUUACGCCGUAUGGAGGUAAACGUAGUCCAGCUGAGGGAUUUGUGGGAAUUCUAUCGCAAAAUGAACACGGACUUACGUAUGUUGGAAGACCACCUUAAAGAGAUUAAGGAUAGCAAAAAGCAACUGAUCAAAAGCGGCGUGCAUACUCCAGAAAUAGAACAGGAAUUUAACAAAUUGCAAAUGCAGCAACAAGUCAUUAAGCAGGACAUCAAGACGAUGAAGCAGGCGAUCUGGGAGUUGGAUGAUAAUGUCGUACAAAAGAUUUUGAAGUUGCCGAACAACUUAGAUCCACGAACGCCUACUGUGGAGUCGAUAGUAUUGAGGAACGUCGGUAACGCACCAGAUUCGUCCGAAGCAGACGGCAGGACUCACAUCGAGAUCGGUACAAGGCUCGGUCUCCUCAAGUACGAGAAUCCCAUGCUUUAUUAUUUAUGCAAUAAAGCAGCUUUGUUUGAGCUCGGUGUUCUGGCACACGCUAGUCGUGUCUUAGGUGACGGCAACAACAUGCUGAGGAUGUCUGGCGCAGACUUCAGUCGCAGUCUCGUAGUAGAGGGCUCAGGCUUGGACCACGAAGACCCAAUGACAGCUUUUCUGAUAGAGAAUCACGAUGAGGUCGAGAGAGGCUCAUCGAAUCGCAUGCAUUUGACUGGAGGCGCUAGUUUGACCUCUUUCUUGACGUUGCACACAAAGCAACUGAUCAAUCCCAACAACUUCCCGCUCAAGUACUUUGCCACGGGCAGGCAGUACACGCCUCUGCCGGCUAACUCGCCACCCUGCGGCCUGUUCACGACAUGUCAGGCUUCCGUGGCCCAUGUGUUCGUAAUGGUGAAGGAUGGGAAGGAUGAUGAUUACAGGAUACUUUUUGACGAACUCGUGGAUAAAGUGUGCCAGCUGUACGAUGACUUAUGCAUCGAUCAUUAUCGCGUCGUAAUGAAAUCCGCGCCGCAGUUGAACACGUGGGAAAGUCUGCGCGUGUCAUUUGAGGUAUGGUCGCCGUUCGCAAAACAGUACAUCGAGGUAGGCCAUUUGUCCGCAUGUGGCGAUUACUUUAGCAAGCGACUACUUAUCAACUAUCAAACUCCGAGCGGCGGAAGCUUCCCCGCGGCGCUAACCGGCACCGUUCUUUCGGUCCCGCGUUUAAUCGGUUGCAUGCUCGAACAAAAUCCACAUGAGUUCGUGAUACCGCCAAAGAUAGCCGAAUUGAUACCUUAACGAUCGUAUUGUUAUGUAAAUUAGAUAUUAACAUCGUCCCAAAUUGUCGGAAUCUUGUUUCACUUCGAAAAAUAGUUAUAUCUUACAUCGAGCGUUAUUUCAACUUUCCUCGCGAACGGAAAGUUUCACAUUAUUAAAUAUGAAAUAUUGAAUUAAUCUAUUGAUAUCGCGAUAUCAUUACAAGUUAUAAAAUUUAUGAGCUCGAUAUUCAUAGAUUGAAAUAUAUAUUUGCAAAAUAUAA